AUGGAUUUCAUGCGAGACCACCAUAUCCCUGUUUCUGAUGCAGAAGUACAAAGCGUGAAGAUGAUCAUGUGCAAGAGCAAUAACAAGGGGGCGGUUAGCCGUCGAAUGCGCAUGGGGAUGGCGGAGGAGAGAACGAGGUGUCGAUAUGGUGGUAUCCGACAGCCAACAGAGGCCUGUAUUGAAAGAGCAGUCGUUGUUGGAAGGGUUCAGACUCCAAAACAAUCUCAAGACCUCGAUGGGUGA